CCCGGUGCUGUUCCCGUCCCGGUGCUGCUCUCGUCCCGGUGCUCCUCCCGUUCCGGCCCGGUCCCAUCCCGGCACCGCCAUGCGCAAGUUCUUCCAGGAGAUCAAGGCCGACCUGAAGUUCAAGACAGCGGGGCCCGGGCAGAAGCUCUCGGAGCCGUCCCGGGCCCCCCGGGAGAAGCCGAAAGCCGAGGUGGCCCCGAAGCCCCGGCAGGCCCCGACGGAUGAGGCGCAGAGGGCGGCGGCCGCGGCGCUGGCCCGGCUGGAGGUGAAGCCCAAGGGAGGAAAGGCUCCGUCCGCGUCGCAGGAGGCCAUCAGGAACCAGGUGAGGAAAGAGCUGAUGGCCGAGGCAGCUGCCAGCGAGAAGGGGCUCUCCAUGGAGGAAAAGGAGCAGGAGGAGGAAGGGGCAGCUGCUCCCUCUGUCUCAGGGGUUUAUUUCAUCUGCCCCUUGACUGGUACCGUUGUGAGGAAAGACCAGAAGGAGAAGCAGCUCCGAGAAGCCAUCCAGGCAUAUUUCUCCGUGGACCCGGUGGCCGCUUCCAUCAUGGAGAUCCACACCUUCAACAAGGACCGGGAGAAGGUCCGGCUGUGCGUGGAGACCAUGGCCAAGUACCUGGAUAACAUCUAUCUCCAUCCAGAGGAGGAGAAAUACCGGAAAAUCAAACUGCAGAACAAGGUGUUUCAGGAAAGGAUAAGCUGCUUGGAAGGGACACACAAAUUUUUCCAGGCUGUCGGGUUUGAGACAAAAACACUGCCUGUUCCAGGACAAGAGACCACGGAGGAGUUCUACGUGCUGAAGGAGGAGGUGCUGAGCAGGCUGGAGGACCUGAGGGAGCACAAGGAGCAGCUGCUGAGCUCGGAGCCCGUGCGGGCGCAGCUGCACCGGCAGCUGGCCGUGUUCCACCCCUCGCCCGCGGCCGCGCGCUUCGAGCUGCCCCGCGACUUCUUCAGCCUCACUGCGGAGGAGCUGCGCCGCGAGCAGCGGCUCCGGACGGAGGCGGUGGAGAAGGCGUCGAUGCUGAGGACCAGAGCCAUGCGCGAGAAGGACGAGCAGAGGGAGAUGAGGAAGUACAACUACACGCUGCUGAGGGUGCGCUUCCCCGAUGGAUACAUCCUCCAGGGGACUUUUUAUGCCCGAGAGUCAGUGUCUGUGCUCUACAACUUUGUGAGAGAAGCACUCAGAGAUGACUGGCUGCCCUUUGAGCUCCUGGGACCUGGAGGUCUCAAACUGACUGACGAGAACUUGGCCUUCAAUGAAUGUGGGCUGGUGCCCUCGGCCCUGCUGAGCCUGGCCUGGGACGCCGCGGUCAUGGCGGACGUGGAGGCGGCGGCGGAGGAGCAGCGCAGCCCCCUCAGGCCCGAGCUGCUGGCCAGGGCCCAGCCCCUGUCCUGAAAUAAAGGGCAGAGCCUCCGGUGCUGCUGGCUUUGGACUCGUCCCUCCUUUUGCCGAGACUGCUGGAGGUGGCUUUGGUUGGCUCUGCACAGGGGCAGGGCCCUGCUGUCCCCUCCCGGCUCCAGACUCACAGGUGGCCCCGCCAGCGGCUCCUCCCUGGGGCUGCCAACACCCAACUGGAGCAGGGACUGCCCGAGGCGUUCCCGAGGCAGUGGUGGAGCAGGGAUGAGGGGCUGGUAAGGCUGGAUGACCGGCCUGAGCCUGGGGAGGGCGCUGGGUGUAGAGCUCAGCUUCCCGUUCUGCUUCUGUGUGCACUGUAACUCCUACUGGGGAGAAGCUAUUUGGAUAAAGUUACACUUAGUCCGAUUAAAUGGAAUUAUUUAAA